AUCAAUUUCCGAGGCGUGUCAUGAGCAGUUCUGGGUUUAUUAAAUUCUUCGCCAUGUGUAAGCGUCUUGGUGUUGUCAUUCUGAUAGUGCUUCUGGUCUCAGAAUCAAAGGCACAAGUUAUUCUAAGCCAACCACUAUCUGUUUCUACUGACUCGGGAGGGAACGUCGAAAUUUACUGUACUUUGAAAGGCGUCGUCAUGGGAAACGCUUUAAUAACCUGGUACCAGCAAAGGACUGAAAAUGCUCCUCCUCGGUAUCUCCUGCGCCAUAAUUCUCAAGACCUAGUCAGGGCAUCAGGUACUCCAGAUCGAUUCUCCGGUAGAAGUGACUCGUCACUCAACUCCAGAUAUUUAACCAUCACUGGGGUUCAAAAAGAAGAUGAAGCGAACUACUAUUGCGGUGUGUGGGUAAGCUCCAGUAACACAUAUAACUUCGGAACUGGAACGAAGCUAACGGUGUUAUCCCAAGAAUUGUCCAGCCCUAAGGUCUCCCUUCUCCUGCCGGCGUCCGAUCAGAUCACUAAAGGAAAGAUGGCGACUCUGGUGUGCCUAGUCAAUAAUUUUUACCCUGAAGGGGUGACGGUCUCCUGGAGCACCGACGGCAUGGUGGUCAACGCAGGUGUUAAGACAUCUCGAGCAGUGAAGGACACCGACCAGACCUACAGACUGAGCAGUUACCUCACCCUGACCGCCUCCGAGUGGAACUCACACGAAGUGUACACUUGCGGGGUUACACACGCGUCUCUCGUGUCUCAGUUGAAGCGAAGCAUCCGGAGAUCGGAGUGUACGCCAUCUUAGUGGCCGCUGUUAUUUACCAUCGGCGACGAUUAAACAUUAUUCUCAAUAGAUGCUUUCAGUCGUUAUCGAACAAAAGUCGGGACUCUUCGUUUUUUUCCUUUCGCUGUAAACAUGUUUGAUGUCAUAAGCAUGCCACUCGU